UUGAGACUGAGGUUUAACGCGCGCUAAUUUGAGUCCUAAUUAAUUGUUGGGGAGGAUCGAAUUUCUCCGACUUUUUAUUGUUCGUGUUUACUUGACUUGACGCCUGCCAACAAUUAUUUUCGAAUGAUUUUAAGCUGUGGAAUAAUUGAAAGGUUGAACAUCGACGGUGAUUAUUAUCGAACACCAAAAUCGCUUUGAAUAUACUCUGGAUUGCUUCCAGCAUGAAGAUUAGGGAUGUCAGGGUUGCUUAGUAACAGGGAGCCUGGUUGCUUAGCAACAGCAUCUCAGGUUUAUGGCCGGCAAGGCUAUUGAUGCACCUAUGGACCUACACAGUAUCUGGCUUUUCAUCCAAAUUAUUGGAGCUACAUGACAUAUUCUACGAAAUUCAAUUUGUGAUUUUAGAUUUAAAAUGAGGCCCAUCUAAAGUGAGACAUUUCAUAACGUUGACCAACACCGCUGAGGUAAAAUGGCCCCAGACAAACCUGAUACAGCUGGUGUGGAAACCGCAGUUGGUUUAUCAGUUACUCGCGUAAUCAACUAUGGAGAUGCAGUUUAUGCUUUAAAAGAAGGAGACAAUGCCAGUGUUUUCACCGAGUCGAAUUCCGUUGAUGGAAUUAAUGAAGAAAUAAGCAUAAACGAGAAGUCUGUCGAAAAAAGUAGCCAUUCAGAUGAUGAUCUAACAUCUCUGAGCUGGUUACAUCAACAAAAUCUAUUGAAAGGAUUGGAGAUUUCCAACCCUUCAAAAAAUAUACAGAGUUCUAUCAGUUUAAACAACAACGUUUGCGACGAUGCCGCUGAUUUGUCAGAGAACACAAAUUCUAUUUCGAGUUUAGAUGAUGGAUACUCUCCAGUAUCAGAGAGUAGCAAAAAAACAAGUAACUCAAAUUUGACGCUGAAUCAAGGGCAAAGUUGCUUGAAUAAAAGUAAAAGUUACCAGAAAUCCGUGCAGAUAUACCAGGAGUCGGUUAAAAAUCAUUACAACUCCGUACAAAAUAACCAGGCAAAGAUAUCUUUGAGUAACAACAAUUUGCCCGUCUCGAAUCGAAACAAACAUCCAACUCACAUACCUUACGAUCCUCAUUUACACAGGAACAGUAAACCGCCAUAUUCAUUUUCGUGUUUAAUAUUUAUGGCAAUUGAAGACAGUCCUGUAAAAGCACUUCCUGUUAAAGAAGUGUAUGCCUGGAUUCUUGACCACUUCCCAUACUUCAGAAACGCACCGACAGGAUGGAAAAACUCUGUUAGGCACAAUUUGAGUUUAAACAAAUGCUUUCGAAAGGUGGAAAAAGCUCCGAAUCUGGGCAAAGGGUCGCUUUGGAUGGUCGACGCUCAGUACCGUCCAAAUCUGAUACAGGCACUGUCGCGGGCACCAUUUCCUCCUCUAACUGCUCAAAACCUUUCCUCGCCUGAAAAAAUUCCUAGAAAAAGUGCCAGCACACGUUUACCAGACCCAAUCUUAUUUCCAUAUUUGUCAAAACGUCUUGCUUCCAGCAAUAUCGGAGACAGCCCAGAAACUGAGAUCGAUAGCGAUGUUGACGCUGCUGCUGCUGCUAUGCUAUCUUUCAAACACGGACCUAUCAUUUUGAGUCAUAACAAAGACCGCAAAAGAAAAUUGGUUGAGACAGACAAAUUAGUGCCAAUAAUUACCAGGAGCUCGAGCGAAGACCACACGUAUAGCUGUAUCACAUCAAUAAAAUUAGAAAGCAAGAGGUGUGGCGAUUUGGAUGCAGUUGGGACUGAUUUUGAUGAGCAAAGAAAGAUAGCAGAGGGUGCAGAUGCUCUUCUAAAUUUGGCAGGUGUCAGCACACCACUCAUUCAAGGAAGACCUUUAGCGCAGGGUGGUGCACCAGUGCCUCUAAAAAUGCAUGAAAGUCCAAAAAUGAAACGGCGUUCAAAUUCAAGUGAGUUUUCUAGCAGCUCUGAAAAAAAGCGGAGACGUUGGCGAGAAUGGGGCGAGGGGACUCGAUAUCUCAAGCAAGUUAGGGGUUAGUAUCAAAUACUUUAAAGAGUACUACGAGUCACUUUUCAGGGAUUGGAAUACUGGUAAUUGGUGUAAAUUGAUUCAUACUGGUGCUUCAAUGCCAAGAAGGGGCAGCUAACUUUUUGCCCUUCAGUUUAUAAAAAUCGUUUUGAAUGAUUAUCAGUUUUCCACAGAUCUAAUGAUAUCAAACACCGAUUCUGUGGUGUUCCGAUUAUUUCCAAGUGUUACGUACUACUCCAUAUUGUAUCUAUUACCAUCACGCUAAUGAAGGAGUCUAGUUCAGUGUGUCGUUAUAGUUUUUGAAGUGUUGUGACAUAGCGUAGCUUCAUAUUGAAAGAACAGAAGGCAUUGCUCUCAUUUGCAGUCUACUCAUGUUUAUCAAAACCAUAUUCAAACGAUACUCAUAAGGUGUAUGUAAUACAACAUUAGAUUUUUAUUCGUGAGAAAAAAUCUUUCAACUCUACUAAUCUUACAAUUAUGUUCAUUAUUUAUUCUCGAAAAAUUCAGCCAUGUGAUUUGUUCGAUUAAUUUUAUGGCAAAGAAAGAUAUGAUUGGAUGAUGAGUUCUUUUCUGCAGAAAUGAAAACAAUUUUGCAUUUUGAAAAAUUUCUAUACAUUUCAAUGAAAGUUCAUCGACUAAUUGUCUCUGAGAAACUAUAUCGACACACUCUAAUAAACAACGAUUGUAUAAUUAGGAGCUCGCAGAAAUACCGGAAUCAAUUAAUUUCAUUAAACAUGAUUCUAGUUUAUAUAAUGUAUACACAAAUAUACCUAUAAAUAUGUACAUUGUUGUCUGGUAAAGGGGUAUUAGGUAACUUUUCAAGUCUUCUUGACGAUAAGAAAAAGAAUUUUUAAUUAGACGCUAUCCAAACUCGUUAUUUAUUCAUUUACUUUGAAUAAAGUUCCGUCAUAUGAAUUGGCUAAUAAAAGAAUGCUUUGUAAGGUAUUUCUGUAUGCUCGGAUUUUGCAGCUCGCCCAAUGCCAAAAUAAAUCCAGUAGCACUAAACUUCAAGCAAUAAUAGAGUAAUGGUGAAAAUUAAUUUUUAAGUAUACACUGAAUAACAAUUUAAUCAUUAGUGAAUACAAGACAUUGACGCAUAUAAACUUAAAGAAAAGAAAAUGGAGAAAAAAGCCAGCAUCAUUUUUAGAGUCAUUGAGAACGAAGCUCUGUAUUUAAUUCCUAGAGAGUUUAAUUAAUGAUAAAUAGAGGAAUUCUACAAUACAUUUUUUCUGUAGAUAUGUAUAGAGAUACAAUUGAUUAUAUUAUUCGAUAGAAAAGUUGAUAAUAUAUUUGAAAAUAUAUAACGUAGUCAGGAAAUAUAUUAUACGGUUUUGGGCGCAGGUCGUAGGACUGUAUUCGAACAAAGUUCAAACCUGCAAUCCGCGUACCAUAGAUCAACUAUUCAGAAAAGUCUGUCAUUCUCCGCGUUUUCUACUCUACUCGUGGCUAUAUUGAGAUGAUUUUAAUCUGUGCUGUACAUAAGUAGGCCCUAUGACGCGUGUAAAGGCUGAUUUGUUGCCUGUACCAAGUUCGGAAAUUCUCAUUUUCAACUCAUCAUCGAUAAAAUAAGAGUAGAUCUUUUUCACUGAUAUUUCGCUUAGUUCUGUCGCUAUUUACUCCGAUCAGAUGAUUGAAAAUUAGGAACCAAUCUCAAACCCCAAUAGCUAAUUGUAAGUAAUAAGCAAAACAAUUCAUAAAACUACCGUAUCGAAGUAACUGACACAUUGAACUCCUUUUCUGUUUACUAGCUUAAUAUGGAUUCUAAUACUUGUAGGGCAUAUUGAUCUAUUAGCGAAACCUAUAUUUUUAAUCUCUGUAAUAUCAACCAAUUCAGCAAUUUGAAUUGACGAUGAGUUGAGAACUCCAAAUUUAAUUCAGACGCAGGCUUAAAAAAAGAAGCUUCUGAGUAAAGUUAUGUGUAUUGUAUAAUCUAUACUAUAGAGAGAAGGUAUAUUUUUACAGGGCUCUGCCCGAGUGAUAAAAGCUCUUCCUGAUGAUUCGCUACUUCAUGGUUCAUUAGCUUAAAGUUUUGACGAAUUAUUUUCUAGCGAAUUUAACAACACUAUAAACACUCGACACGUGCCGUGGCACGACUCGAACAAUGCUGUUUAGUAAAAAUUAAAGAUAUUCAAUGAGGAGUGCAGAAAUAUGUACAAACAUGUGGAUACUUGUAUGAUGUGCAUAUUAUUAUAACAGCUAGUAGAUGGAUAGUCACAUGAUGUUGAUUCAAUAUUUUUCUUGUUUUUGAUCUUGUCAUUUGCUUUCUUAAAUAUCCUAAUCGAUGUUUUGUGACUAUUGGUCGAAUUAUUCAGACAUAUCUUUAUUUUGUUACUCGUUUGUGAUUUCUUGUACAGCAAUGUAUUCGAAAAUCAUAGGAGCCUUGACGGGCCGUGCUGCCAAAUCUUUUUUAUGUGAUUGUAGCUAGUCUACUGCGUAGGGGCAUCAAGACUAAGCGCAAGGAGAAAAUAGCUAUGGAUAUCAAAGUAAAUGGAAAGUAUUUUCCUCCUUUUUACCUUCAUAUUAUCAUUUCUGAAAAUUACAACAGCCAAUCAUAAUAAUGAUGCAAAAAGCUAUUAUGAAACCAUAAAGAAUGCCUUGUGAGCACUUGACAAACAAAUGUAUACUCAAAUUGCUCUAAAAUAAAACGGAGCACAUAACAUUGUUCUGUGUCCAUGCGUUACCUUUGAUAUCGAUUAGUAUUAUUUUCUCCAUCAGGCGCUCAGGUCGAGAUUAAAUAACCAUGCACCCUAGGAUAUAAUAUACAUAGUGAUGUAACUAAAGUAAUAAUUUAUCAAUUUAUUAAACUAUUAAGACUAGCUUCCGUUCGCUACGACUGAAGGUCUGUUCUUCCAUGUAGCCUAUUCUAAAUUAGAUGACUAGAGGGGGCAUUCGAACCCGUUCAUCAUCACAAUAGAGGUAGCUGGUCGUUAAGUUAAGUUAGAUUAAUUGGUUAGCAACAUAACAUAACGUAAAGCAAUAUCUACCAGUAACACCUGAUAUCGGAAGAAAUACUCUUGAUCAGCCGGUUUCAUCAAUAUUAUUGUUUUACCCUAUGAUUUUUAACGUUAAUAUCAAAGAAUUUCUACCAAUUGUUAAAUCGCACAUGGAUCGACGAUCCUACUCUAUACUGAAUUUGAAUAUGGGGAGACAAAGAGAAAGACAAGAAUUUGAAUAUAUUUCCAUGUCACUACGCUAUUUAUCUCGAGAUGAAUUUGCUGUACAUAUUAUCUAGUUACUCGCAACUAAUGCUAGUCUCUUUAAUGAACCGUAACGUUUAAUCGAACGUGGCAAUCGUAGACGCGACCAAAUUCUCUGGUAUUAACGUACAUUGCAAUUAUCUGUUGAGUUUUUGUUUUAUGAAGAUAAAAUUUGUCUUUUAACGUAGAUGAGAAAGGACUAGAAUAAAAUAUAUGUUGGGAAUUAAGAUAAGGAGAAAUAAAAGAGAAAGGAGUCUAAAUUAGUAAGAAAUGAAAUUGAAGGAAAGAAAUUGUUUAUCUGUGUUUGUAUAGCGGAAAAUAGUGAAGGUUUUUUUUCUAACUUUUUUUUUGUAUUUUUUGGCACGUGUGACAAAACUGGCUGAUACACAAAUUUAAUAUAUGAUGAAAAGUGAAAAUAAUAAAAGUAAAUACUAUAAUAUAAGAAAAAAUGAUGUUUAUUAAAAAAAAAAUAAUACACUAGCCACGGACAAUCAAGAUGCAUGACAACAUGAUAUUUGAUUUGCUUCCGUUGUGUGACGUGCCAAACAGGACCUUUCAUUUGAAAUAUAUAUAUAUAUAUAUAUAUAUAUAUAUAAAUAUAUAAUUUAUAAUACGAUAUAAGAACUCUGUUGGCGUAAUAUAUUAUAUUAUAUUAUGUUAUAUUAUAUUAUAUUGAAUUACCUAUAUUGUAAUAGUAAUUAUUAUUGAUAAUUUUAACGAAUCACUGUAAAAUGUUUGUUAAGUUUUUUGGCCUUGCUUGCAAUUAAGUAUAAUAUUUUAAGCUUUAUGUAAUUAUUACGACAGAAUAAUCUUAUAUAUACAUAUAUCUAUACAUAUAUAUAUCUACCGAAAAGAAAUGAUAGAUUUAUUCUGUAUUCGAAUCCCUAUUAUACAUAUAGGUAUAUAUUAUACACACACGUGUAUAAUAUACACGUGUAUUAUAUAAUACAAAUUAUAAUACAUAUUGUACAUUGGACUGUUCUUUAUUAUUUAUAGAUAUGUAUAUACAUCAUAUAUUGUAUCUCCAAGCCGAAAGGCUAUCGAUGAAAGCAAUUAUACUUUAUGCCAUGUAACAGCUGCAACACUAUUACAUAAAAAUCGAUUUGAAAUCAAAA